GCGGGGCGUCCGUUGCCAGCGAAGCCUCUGGCUGGUUUCCAACUGAGCUUGAGUCGCCCUAGUACCGAGGCAGGGACGCCGGUGCGACGAGCCAUGCUAGGAACUUUCUGCUUGCCUUGCUAGUUUUCUCUCUCUGCACUGCUCUACCGACCCAGGGCUGGAGAGCAGAGGUACGCCUGCAGCGACUGCCACUAAUCGGGGCAUCUCGGUCUUGGAGCUCUUGGAGCCCCUUUCUUAAGAGGCGCAUAGGCCGGGUGACGUCACAUUGACGUGAUGACGCGAUGGUGGGGGACGCGGCGCGGGGGCGGUUCCCGCAGGCGGUAGCCAUAGCUUAUGUGAAGAAAUUGUUGUGGAAUCCACCUAUAAGUCCAUUCCAUUCAUCAUAUUUAUGGAGAACUGCUCAAAUACUGGAAGUUAUUCUGAAGAACUCUUCUCUCAUUUAAGUAGUCCGGAGAAAGAACAUGCACAACACCCUGACAGUGACAGUCAUCUCAGCUGCCUAAAACAGGACACCCUAAAUGAAGACACUAAAUUGGAAGCAACAGUUAAGGAAACUGAUUCGAGAACCUGUACUCUCGAGUUACUUUUGCCGUUACUUAAGGACACCAUAGAAGAAAUUGAUGUUGGAAAUAUAGAGAAUGAUUUAUCUGGCAUACUAGAGAAAUUAAUUGAUCAUGAAAGUGAAAACACUAAUCUUAAGAAGAAGCUGCUUGAAAAGGAAAUGCAUAUCCAAGAACUUUCCUCGUUGUUUCAGAAUGAGAAGGCAAAUGCUUUGAAAGCAAACAGAUUUUCAGAGUCUGUAAAAGUAGUCCAUGAACGAUUACAGGUCCAAAUUCAUAAAAAAGAAGCAGAAAAUGGUAAAUUAAAAGAAUAUAUAAAGAGCUUAGAAACCAAGAUAGCUGAAUGGCAUUUGCAGCUGAAGAAGAAUAAGCAUGAAACGGUGGCAAUGAAAGAAUUUAGUAAGCAGAAAACUCUAGCUCUAAAAAAGGCAUCUAAAAUUUAUAAGCAAAGGCUUGAACAUUUUACCGGAGUCAUGGAAAAACUUACUUUCCAAAUUAAAGAUCAGGAAGCCAAGUUGUCUGAAACAAUUUCAGCUUCCAAUGCCUGGAAAAGUCAUUAUGAGAAAAUUAUAAUAGAAAAAACUGAAUUGGAAGUUCAGAUUGAAACAAUGAAAAAGCAAAUCACUAAACUUUUGGAAGACCAGAAGAAAAUGGAAGACCAUGGAAAAAAUUCAUGUGAAGAAAUUCAAAGAAAACUUCACUCAACUGAAUAUGAAAAUGAAACUCUCAGUCUUGAGAAUACAAAAUUAAAGACUACACUUGCUGCUUUGAAGGAAGAGGCUGUUUCUAUUGAAAAAGAACUCUUAGAAUUACAAGAAGUAGAAAACCAACAGAAAAGCCUUAUUGAAGUGUAUCAAACUCAGAUACAAAAACUGCAAGAAGCAGCUGAACUGGUGAAAAGUAGAUGUGAAAAUUUGCUCCAUGAAAAUGAACUAAUAGCCAAGGACAAAGAUGAAAAAUUAGAGAAGAUGAGAAGCGAAACGGAGUCUCAUCUGAAGGAGUUAGAGUGCGUCCGCGAUUCCUUGACGGUGGCAGAACGGAGGCUACAGGAGUGUCAGGAGAGUCUGCAGCAAUGCCAAGGGGACUGUGCAGACCAGGCACACACCAUUAGUGAGCUUCAGGGCCAGGUGUCUCAGAUGGAUCAAGAUCAAAGUCUUCUGACAAAGAUUUCUGUAGAAGAGGAAAAUUAUCUUAUUCAGUUGAAGUGUGAAAACCUUAAAGAGAAAUUAGAACAGCUGGAUGCAGAAAAUAAAGAACUUGAAAAGAAACUGGCAAAGCAAGAAGAAUGCCUUAUGCACAGCAAUUUUAAAUUUAAAGAGAAAUCUGCAGAAUAUAUAUCAUUGGCCAGACAGCUGGAAGCUGCUUUAGAAGAAGGGAGACAAAAGGUUUAUGAAGAAAUAGAGAAGAUGUCAUCGAGAGAAAGGGCUUUAGAAAUUAAAAUACUAAAUCUAGAGACCGAGCUGAGAAAGAAAAACGAGGAACAAAAUCAACUUGUCUGCCACAUGAACAGUAAAGCACAGCAGCAGGAAGUAUGUUUGAAAGAAAUACAACACAGUCUCGAAAAGUCAGAGAAUGAAAAUGAGAGCAUUAAGAACUAUUUACAGUUUCUUAAAACUUCUUAUGUAACAAUGUUUGGAUAAAUUGUUAAAAUUACUUAAACAGAAGAUUUGUAUACUGAAUCAAAAUGUGUAGUAGGUAAAAUAAAUAUAAUUGAUGGGUAGUAGUGUUAUCUUUUUUAUAUAAACUUUUAAACAUUUUGUUAUUUAACUUUAAAACAAAGGUAGAUGUUAAUAUUCCUUUUUGCUAGGCAAUUUUCACUUAACUCUGGUUAAAUUUCUAUGUAAAUGAUACUGUUCUUUAAAUAGUUUUUGCAUAUAUAUGUAUACAAAUUUAGCCAUAAGUAUUCUUUCUGACUGUAACCACCUUUCCAAUGAAUUUUUAAUAAACAUAGAGGAAUUAUGAGCCAGCUACAUGAUUUUAAGUAAUUUAUAUAAUUGUUUUACAUUAUGAUGCUAUUUAUAUAUUACUAUAAUAAAGAGAUUAUUCUGGACAUUAA